GGGGGCGGCGGGGCCUAGCGGGCGGCGGCGUCAUGGAGGGCAUGGACGUGGACCUGGACGCGGAGCUGAUGCAGAAGUUCAGCUGCCUGGGCACCACCGACAAGGACGUGCUCAUCGGCGAGUUCCAGCGCCUGCUCGGCUUCCAGCUCAGCCCGGCCGGCUGCGCCUUCUUCCUCGACAUGACCAACUGGAACUUGCAAGCAGCCAUUGGAGCGUACUACGACUUCGAGAGUCCAAACAUCAAUGUGCCCUCCAUGUCCUUUGUUGAAGACGUCACCAUAGGAGAAGGAGAGUCUAUCCCUCCUGAUACCCAGUUUACAAAAACAUGGAGAAUACAAAACACAGGGACGGAAGCAUGGCCACCAGGGGUUUGUCUAAAGUACGUCGGGGGAGACCAGUUUGGCCACGUAAACAUGGUGAUGGUCAGGUCGCUAGAGCCCCAGGAGAUUGCAGAUGUCAGCGUUCAGAUGUGCAGCCCCAGUGCAGCCGGAAUGUAUCAGGGACAGUGGCGCAUGUGCACCGCCACAGGACUCUAUUAUGGAGAUGUCAUCUGGGUGAUCCUCAGUGUGGAAGUUGGAGGACUUCUAGGAGUAACGCAGCAGCUGUCAUCCUUCGAAACAGAGUUCAACACACAACCGCAUCGCAAGGUAGAAGGAAACUUUAACCCGUUCGCCUCACCACAGAAGAACAGGCAACCAGAUGACAACAACCUAAAAGACCCUGGGGGUUCCGAGUUAGGCACAAUCGGCAAAAACACGUGGGGGCCUGCUCCUGACCAAAUCGAACAAGAUCAGAACGGACUGUCACAAAACUCUGUAAAUCUCUCCCCCAGCAGUCACUCGAACAACUUGUCAGUAGUGACGUACAGUAAGGGUUUCCACGGUCCUUAUCCCUUCGGACAGUCUUAAAAAUCAAAAAACGGGUAUCGACAAGAGGAGAAUUUUAACAACUGACUUACGGGGGCGGGAGGGAGGUUCUAAUGGCUUACUGAAGACGCAGCAUGGACCCCCCCUUCUCUGCCUCCAUGUCCUGGAUAACGAAGAAAACAAUAACUUAAGACUAGUUGUUUCCAGAGGAAAAAACAAAACUAAGUAUGCAUGUGUGAAUGCUGAAUUUUCAGGAGUGCUGUUCAAUGCUACAAGAAAGAAAAUACACCAACACCAUUUUUUUUUUUUAGGAGUCAUUCUCAUGAUUAAUUAGGUAGCUUAAAAGAAGUUUAAACAUUUAAAAUGAAAAAGCCAUCUUUUUAAGAGAAAUUAUUUUGCUUACAAGAACGGUUGUAGUUUGUGCAAAUGUUUAAUUUCUUUGUUUGUUUCCUGUUCAUAUUUUUUUAAAAAUAAGGGACAGCGUGCAUUUUUAUCGAUUUUUGUGCUUGCCUGCUACAGAAUGGGAACUUGCUUAGCAUCUUCUGGGGUUUGUGCUGUGGCUUUGUUUUUUCUAUGUUGGGCAUUUUUUAAUGUAAAUUUGGGUUCACGCCCAGCUCUCUGGAUUUUAAUGACUUCAGCUGUUCUUAGUUAUCUACCUUUUUAAUCUUUUGUUGAUUCUUUUCCCCUUUUGAGGGGUGCUGUUGGUAUUCCACACCUGUCCUUGAAGAUUUAAGUCAACACCAGAUUUCAUUAUCUCAUAAGGAGGAGAGGACUGCAGGACUAAGCUCAGAUAAUAUGGGAGACUCCUCCCAACCCCCUUGAAACUUGAAUACACAAAAUAUAUAAUGAAACAAAUUUAUUAGGAUUCCAAAGCUGGUAGGAUUAUUUUUAAAAUACCAUCUUGUUAACUAUCAAUGUACAGUAGUUGUGCCUAGGACCACCAUGCAAGUGUAUUAGUCUUGUGCCAAGAGGAAGCUAACUUUCUGUAUCUAGUUCACCAGCUAGUAAUUGUAAAGCUUUGCAAAAGUCAUGCUCUUUAGUUUUAAGCCUUCCAUUCUUACCCUUCCAUCUUGUAUUGGUAUAUUUCUAAUUCCUCUUUCUUGUGGUGAAAUGCUAGCUUAGCAGGGAGAGGCCAAGGUGUUUUUGAAUGUAGCGCAAGAAGUGGAAUCAUCAGCUGGAUUCCACGAUGGCAUCUUGCAUUUCUCUCGCCUUUCUCUUGCUGGCCAAUUUAGCUUCUGUGAGGUUUUUCUUUCUAGGUGAGCUCUUCAAGGUUUGUUUUUAGACGAAGGAGAGCUCUUCUGGACGUGAGGGUCACGUAACUGUGGAAUGAUAGCCAUGUAUAAUAGGAUGACACAGACUAAUCCCAUAGGUAGGAAAAGUGACUUGAGUUCUGUGUCAGACUUCCAAGGUGCUGUGGUCACUGUGAGUUGAACUGAAAUGGAAGAGGGUGUGAGGGUACUAUCUACUUUAGAAACUUGAACCAAGCCACAAGAGCCGCCUGCCAAAGAUACACUAAUAUGCAAAACACCCCUCUUAUCGCCAUGUAGUUACCCUAAUCCAAACUGCCAUCUUCUCUUGGUCUGCCCUAGGCUGUUUCCAAGGAGCACUAGUUCCUUGAUUGUGUCAGUGUUUGUUCUUCAUUUAGCCUCCAGCGUCCCUCUUCUCACACCAAGGCAAGCAGGUAGAUUCUGUUAAGGCUAAUGAAUUCCUCAUACCCAGCAGAGAAAGACUUGGGCCUUUGGGGAGAAGCAUGGGGCCUGGCAGUCUUGUGCUUUUGCUGACCACUGGUGGACUUUGUUUGUCUUGUAGAGAUCCUAGUUUGAAGAAUAACUUCCCUGUACGUUUGAAAUCUAAAGAGAGCUCCAAAUGCUGGGAGACGAACUUGUGUAAGAAUUUGCUACUUGGGUGUAAGAAGGGAAGCUUGGAAGACAUCCUGUGUACUGUGAGCCUGUUGCUGAGCCAGCUCUUGUUGCUGAGUUAACCUGGAGGCAUGUGGGGAGGGGAAGGCAGCUUUUUGCUAAAACUGCACGAGUUGAUUAAAUCCAAGUUUCUCCCCCUUGAAUGCAAAUGGAGAAGGUGCACUUGUUCAGCUGCAGUCCUCAUACUCUGUACGUUGUAAAAUUCCUCUUGCCCUGGAUGAGUUGCAGCCUUUGGACAGGUGAGUAAAGGGAGAGAUUUACAUCAUCCUGACCCUGUGGGUGAAUGGAUCUUUUCUUCCCAGCUUGGCCUGGUGGAGUUGGUUGUGACAAGCCUGCUAGGCAUUGAGCCUGUGCCCUCCAGUACCUCAUGUGCACGACUACUGUGUGUCCCUUCUAAAGCGGGGGGAAGAGGCCAGGGGAUUGCUGUGUAGUCCAGCUGAUGAGGCUGCCCCUUGGCCUCUUCAGUUCAGCCUUAUCUGGCUGUUGUGUAGACUGAGGUGAAAGUGAGCCCUGGGUCACUGACACCUGCUGCUGCCACACUUGGAACCCUGCAGACCUCAUAUGGGCAGGGGAAGUUGUCACCUUCGGGCCUGACUUCAUUUUCCCUUCUGCUCCCAGGUACACACACUUGAUGCAUUUAGAAAUGACUACCAUGUGUAUGUCCACGUUUUUCCACUGCAAAGAUUCCUUUUCCAGGAGUCACGUGGCGUGCACCCUGGUACUGGCCUUUCUUAGUCGGAGGGCAUGCCGAUUUUGCACAGCUUUGAAUACAGUCUCCUUUCUCCCCUUCAGUCUAACAGCACUCUUGUCACCGGGUUGCUCACUCCAGGGUGCGAGGGAAGUCACUGUCAGACUUGCCUUGCAGCUGCAGAAAACCAGCCUCUUGAUACUCAUGUAUUACAGCUGUUCCCCAGGAAACCCUCUUGAGCAUAAACACAAUCCUUUUCUAUGGGGAUGAUCAUUAUAUCACUAGUGACAAAACGCUAUAACUGUUUGAGGGUGUUGGUUAGUUGAAUAACCCCUGCUGUAACAGUGGGAGAAUGUUUAAAUUGCUGGUGAUUCUGCCUCUUUUCCCUCCUCAUCUCUCCAGUGAGACCUGCUUUGAUGUCAGCAGUGGUUUAUGUCCUCAAGUUCCCUAGUACUCAGAAAUGCUAGCAGUCUCCAGAUACAACUUGCCAUUCAGUUUGCAGUAGUUCUUAAAUGAAGAGUUUUGAGGAUGGUUAGCAAACUCUUUCCGGAUAACAGCGAGAGCAGCAAUUGCACUGGUUUUGUAGAGCAGGCACGUUUGAACUUGGGAGUCCAGAGUGAGGCAUUUAAACCAAAAAAUGACCUAAAUUUCCAGAAGCGCUCAAUACCUAAGUUUUCUCAUAGACUUUGAUGGGAAGGUGUGGGUGCAGCAGUUAUGUAAGCUAGGCUGAAUGUGUUGUACUGACUUCUGGGAUUGUCAGGAAACGAUUUGUCAGCUGAGCCCACUGGACAAGGAAAGGCCAAAUGAAGUUUGCUUCAUGCAGCGUUUCCUCAAGCGGGUUCCCUGAUUUGGGAGGCAAAGGAGCUGGUGGUACCCAGUGGUAUGAGAGAGACUGUGGCUAUAGAUAGGCUGUACCAGGACAAUUUUCUUUGUUUCUCUAGAGGCAACUUUUUUUUUUUCUUUAGAGGCAAUGAUCUUGGAAGUCGUGAAAUGAGGUAGGGGGUUGGGACCUUUUAAGCCAGGAAUUUCCCAUUUCCAACAAUUACCUUUCUUUCAUGGAUCCUUGAGCUUAGCAUCAGCUGUUUGGGUCAGGAAAUGCCUCAAAAUCUUCUGUAUCUGAGAAUGUGACUGAAACUGGGGCUACAAAAGCAUCCUGUCCCACUGCUGAGAAAGCCAGGGAUGAGCACUGGAGCCCUUCUUGCUGGUAAUGUGCUCCAUACCUGGGAACAGGUGACCCACCUGCUUUGGCCAGCCUGGGACUCUGGUGCUUUGUGUUUCAGGAGGACCACCCUGAAUCCUCCAGAGCUUGGAAGAUACCUGUUGCUCCCCAAGAGGGGAAGCAGAAACAGUCCCAGAGCCUGUGGGUGUGAGUGGCUGGUGUUGGCAGGGCUGAGAAAUGCACGCUGUCCCGUGUCUGGGUUUCCGUUGUGUUUUUUUUUUUUCCUGUGUGAGUGAGUGGUUGGUUCUGCGGCCUGUCUUUUAUUCUCUCUGUGGGGAGUGCAUGUGUAGAGCAGGAUGGUGUGUUGCCGCAUUGGGUCUGGGAGAAGUCGUACAAGAGCACAUUGAGGGUUAAAAGGAAGCUGUUCCCUUUAUGUAUAAAUGAAUAUUUGUAUGAUUAAAUUAACACAGGAAAACAU